GACAGCUGUGAAAAUUAUUUAUCUGUGGGUUGCAAGUCAACAAUUUGUGAUUACCAGAUAGUUAUUUACAACGACAUCUGAUCGGAUUCGAUUGAAACGAUUCAUUGAGGAAGGCUACAGGCUGAGCACCGGAAUUUUGGGAUAUAUUCGGUGACACACAUAAGCAAAUCCUUGCGGAAAAACUCUCUCACUCGUUUGACGUUUGUUGAAGCGGGGUGUUUUUUUUUGUAUUUGUUCUAUGGCGGUAGUGCUCGGGAGAUCAAACUUUGAUUUAUCAAGAACGAUUGACACCCAAAACCAAAUGCUUGUCCCGGAUCAGAUUCUUUGUGGAAAAAUUAAGGCUUUACUCAGACAUCCGAAGAGCAUUUUGAAGAACUGUGUGUAUCUUCCUUGUUAAGCACUUUCUUAAAAAACACCAUUGUUCAGCAAGUGCAACGCUAGUGUCAAGGUCGAGUUUUGACAGUUCUUGUCAUCAUCAACACUCAGGGAUUUUUGUCAUACUGUUGCUGUACAGAGGUUUUAACAGCUGACAGAGCUUGUCAGUCAGCAAUAUAUACAUUCAACAGAUAUAUAGUUCUACGUCCAGACUUCAAAGAAGCACAAUGAAGCUCCUUGAGAACUCAAAGUUUGAAGCUAUCAAUGCAGCUUUGACAAUGGAAAUGGAGAAUUGUAGAAUUGAGGGAAGAAUGGAGAGCUAUUCCUGUAAGAUGGCAGGAAAUGACAAGAGAUUGUUCAAACUGCUGAGUGCAGAAGGAGGGGUUGGCCCUAAUGAUCUGCAAGCGCUUUCUCCACCACAGAGCACCAUGCUACCUCACAGCCCCAACAGGCAAUACAGUCGAAGUCAGAGUGACGGAGAAGGUCACCUUUGUGACACAAUCUCUACCAAGACCCUGUUUUACCUUAUCACUACUCUCAAUGCCUCCUUCAACCCAGACUAUGACUUCAGCAAUGCCAAGAGUGAUGAAUUCAGUAAAGAACCAAGCCUUCAGUGGCUGAGUUUGUGUUACAGUGGGGUGGUGAAUGCUGUGGAUUCCCAGCUGUUUGCUGCAGCGGGUGAUCUCUACACAUCGCUGAAACAGCAGCUGUGGACGGCCAUCGAUGAGGAAAUCUGCCGGGAAUGCGACAUAUACAGCUAUAACCCAGACCUUGCUUCUGAUCCAUAUGGGGAAGAAGGAUGCAUAUGGUCCUUCAACUACUUUUUCUACAACAGAAAAAUGAAGAGACUCGUUUUCUUUACUUGCAAAUCAACAAGUGGAUCAGCUCCCUAUGACUCUGGGAUAGGACAAGACAAUAGCAUGGACGUUAGCGACUUCCUUUUUGAGCCGGACAGCGAUGACUACUGAGUCAGAGGUCUGGAGACCUGCCAACCGUCCUUACCGCGCAGCUUUGUGAGACCAGGGGGACAUGGCAGCUAUUAACCCCAUGUUUACACCGUUAUUAUAAACCAUCUCUAUUGUUUCAUACGAAAUGCCACCUACGCCAUCUUCUUUUUUUACGUGUAUUUUUUGGUUCAUCAAUUCAUCAUUUUGGUGUGUCAUUUUAUUCAUUACUCCAUAUUGGGAAUGUUAUAUGGUUGGAUGUAACCAUCCUAAUUCUAUAGUGAUUGUCACAGCAAUCGGAACUUCAACCAAUUCUUUUUUUUUUUUUAAGUCUCAAUUUUGGGGGGAAAAAAUUCCUCUUUAUUUUCUUGUGCACUGAUUUUGUCUUAUAUUUUAUCAUGUGGCUAUAAUUAGUUUUCUGUUUUAUGGAUGGAAAAAUUAUUAACAUUAAAUGUGUUAAACAGAUGUACGUUGAAUAUUGGGAAAGUGUGAUAGUGCAGAGGCUGCUUUUAACUUGUAUUAUAGGUGUAUUCAAACUUUUAGUCUAUAUAAGGUUUUAGUCUAUAUUACAUGUAUGUUUGCAUUAACCCCACCGCAUGACAAGCACUUUGUGACUUUUGAAGUUGUGCAGUGUGCGGUAUGAUCUGAUAAUUGGAAAGUAUUUUAGCACGAAGCCUGUUUUGAACAAAGUUAAUUACAUUGUGAAAUAUGUCUUGCAUUUCCACUUGAUUUGCUGGUAAACUUGUGAGUAUUCUGUUUUACUUAUUAUUAUUUUGUGCAUUUCAACAUAUCUGUGGUUUUGUGGAUGAAACAUGGGCCUCCUGUUAGAAUGGCCUUAAAGAGAGAGUACCCUGUAAGCUUCUCACAGGACAUGGCGAUGUGUAUGUUUUUUCUGUUUACCCGGGUAUUUCGUGGUUAGCGGUUCAUGCUGCACUCUGCCAGCCAUGUGUUAUUCUGAACUCUGUGUUGGUCCAUUGCUGCUCACCUGCAUGAAGCACAUCAGACUAGCACUAGACAGUGCGAGUUGUACGGCAACAUUGCCUCUCGGCUUAUAUGGCUACAUGAUCCCAGAUAGGAUUGGAUUGAUAAAGCGUGUGUUAUUAACAUGAGGAGUCCUGUGGUGAAAUGUCAAUGUGUGCAUAUGUAAAUCUGUCACGCCAUGAUUUAGUGAAGAAAGGCAGACUUUGCUUAUAAACUGCUUGUACAUGUAAAUGUACCCUGUGAGCCUAUUCAUGAAUACACGUGUACAUGUACCCUGUGAACUUAUUCAUGAACACGUGUACAUAUACACUGUAAACUUAUUCAUGUACACACAUGUACAUGUAUCCUGUGAAUUUAUUCACGAGCACACAUGUACAUACACCCUAUGAACUUAUUUAUGAAUACACGUGUACAUGUACCCUGUGAACUUAUUCAUGAACACGUGUACAUAUACACUGUAAACUUAUUCAUGUACACACAUGUACAUGUAUCCUGUGAAUUUAUUCACGAGCACACAUGUACAUACACCCUAUGAACUUAUUUAUGAAUACACGUGUACAUGUACCCUGUGAAUUUAUUCAUGUACACACGUGUACACAUGCCGUGUGAACUUAUUCUUGUACACACAUGUACAUGUACCCUGUGAACUUAUUCAUGUACACACGUGUACAUAUGCCGCGUGAACUUAUUCUUGUACACACAUGUACAUGUACCCUGUGAACUUAUUCAUGUACACACGUGUACAUAUGCCGUGUGAACUUAUUCUUGUACACACAUGUACAUGUACCCUGUGAACUUCUUCAUGUACACAUAUGUACGUGUACCCUGUGGACUUAUUCAUGUGUACACAUGUACAUGCACCCUGUGGACUUAUCCAUGUACGCAGAUGUACAUGCACCCUGUGGACUUAUCCAUGUACACACAUGUACAUGUAGUGUGUUUGUACGCUGUGAGAGUUUGAAUGAAUGAAUAUCGCUGAAUGCCAUUUUGGUGAAUGUUAGAGGCCAUUACAGUUGAAGGAGUGGAGGAUACAGAAAUGUGUGCCAUGUGCUGUGGGUUCAAAUCACACCGGUGCCCUUUUUUUGCAGAAGUCGUGGUUUGUAGUAAUACUCUGGAACAUAUACUUGUAAAUGCGUGCUUAUAGCAGCAUGGUUGAAUUUGAAACUUCCCAUGUGACGGAUAUGAGGUCUAAGGAUGUGUGCCAAACAAAAACAGGAAACACUGAACAGGAAAAAUGUGAAUAUUACCUAAAACUUUUUGAACGAAUUACUCAUCAAGAGACUCAAAAUGAACGGUGAAUUACUGGUUGAACAAAUGUGAAGUGAUAUUUUAUGAAAAAGUGACUGAAUGAAAGCAUACUCCUCAUGGUUCAUUUUCAGCUUUAGAAGCUCAUUUGUGUGACGUGUCUUUUACUGUUAUUUCUUCCUUCUUUUUUUUUUUUUUUGGUGGUUUUUGUUGUUAAUUAUUGGGUCAUUAACAUGAUUAAUAUGUUGUCUUGUGUACAAAGAUAAACACUGUACAUAGUUCCUUUUAUACUUCAUACCACCUGUACAUAGUCUCAUCUCUGUAUAUAUUAAACUUUUACCUUU